UUUCCACACAGACAAUCGGUCACAGCUGAGUUUCUGUCCCAGUAAACAAGCAGGAGACGACGGCAGCAGAGAUGAGUCCAGACAGGAGGCUGGAGGUUCCCGUCUACGAUCUGUCCCUGAUCCGAGGACUUUGGGAAGUUCGGGUGAAGAAACACCAGCAGAGACAGAAGAAGGACAAGGAGAGGAUGGAGAAGAGCGCGCUGGCCAAGAUCGACCAGCAGUGGCAGUACCGCAUCUACUGCAAGACCAUGAAGACCCCGGAGCUGAAUCUGCUGCACCAAUACCUGGAGAGAUCCCCCCUGACACACCUGAGUACAGGAGACCAGCAGCAGAACCAGACAGUCCAGCAGGAUCAGAUGGUCCAGCAGGACCAGAGAGUCCAGCAGGACCAGAGAGUCCAGCAGGACCAGAGAGUCCAGCAGGAACAGAGAGUCCAGCAGGACCAGAGAGUCCAGCAGGAACAGAGAGUCCAGCAGGACCAGAAGGAGCCACAUCAGGAGAAACUCAUCUUCCAGCUGGAUGGAGAUCAGUGGAUGGACUUUCCCAAGGAUCUGCAGUGGAAGACCUACCUGCAGGAGUGGCACAUCCGGGGGACCCGGAUCCGCCAGCUGCCCGACUACCUGGCUCUGUUCACCCAGCUCACCGUCCUGGAGAUCCCCAAGAACAGCAUCAGCGAGCUGCCGGCAGAGAUCGGUCGGCUGACGGAGCUCCGGACGCUGAACGCCGGCUACAACCAUCUCUGCAGAAUCCCGGAGGAACUGGGCGACUGCAGCAACCUGGAGAGACUGGAACUGGCGGGAAACAACCUGUCAGAGCUGCCGUUUGAGCUCAGCAGUCUGAAGCAGCUGCUUCUCCUGGACAUUUCUGAGAACAGGUUUGUUUCCAUCCCCAUCUGCUCUCUGAGGAUGUCGAGUGUUCAAGUUCUGGAUCUGAACAACAACCAGCUCAACGACCUGCCGCAGGACAUGGACAGGUUGGAGCAUCUGGUCUCUCUGUUCCUGCACAAGAACAACCUCACCUAUCUCCCUCACUGCCUCACCAACAUCUCCUCCCUCAAGAUGAUUGUUGCCAGCGGCGACGAGCUCACCUGCAUCCCCACCCGGCUCUGCCAGAACCCCAGCAUCAAGUUCAUCCGACUCUACGACAACAACCCGGCCGGCGAGGAGAAGAGGAAGAAACAGGAGGAAGAAGAGAAGCAGAAGAAAGACGAGGAGAAGAGGAGGAGGUGGAGGGAACAGAAGGAGGAGAUGAAGGACAGCAGGGAGAAGGAGUUUCUGGAGGCUUAUAUCAGCUCCCUGAAGGACCGAGAAACCGUCCCCAGCUCCACCACCAAGGUCUCCAUCUCCUGCCUGCUCUGAGGAAGAUGAUGAUGAAGAGGAGGAAGUCCAGGAUGAUGAAGAGGAGGAAGAUCAGGAUAACGAUGAUGAAGAGGAGGAAGACCAGGAUAACGAUGAUGAAGAGGAGGAAGACCAGGAUGGUCUGAGUUGGAACUGAGUAGACUGAGCACUUUAUGAAGUAGCACAACAAACACAAACUAACAGAUCCAGAACAAGCUGCAGUUUCUUCAGUGGAAAUGCUAACAUGCUAACAUGCUAACAGCAUAGCGUUAUUAGCUCCUGAGUGCCGUGUUGUUAAACGUGUUUGGUGCUAGUUGGAAACUGAUGAUAUUCUCGAUCAUAAUUACAAAUGACACAAUUAGCAGAAGCUACGAAGAGUCGAGCAACGCGAGUUUAAGGGCGGUUUGUUUGUUACUUAUUUUAACUCAAGUGUAGAUUCAUUUGUUGUUUCAAAUGCGACCGAGUCGGUUAGAGUUUGGGAUAAAUCUGGAAGACGUCGCUUUGAUGGAUCACACCGUAAAACCGAGUCCCAAUUCGCCACCGGGUGGAGCUAAAUAUUUUUUAUACGUUUAUGUUGUUUUUCUGGUGGCCAAAAAAAUAUUCUACCAUAUGCAAAUAUACCUAAAUAUAUAUUAGUAUGUACUUUAUAUACCUAAACACAAACAAAUAACCUUGAACGAAUUGAAAAGGGACUAUUUAAUUGUAGAGUGACCUCAAUGAGGACGUUAUGAAGUUGAGCGGCUCGUUAGCAAAGAGAAAGGAGGGAAAAAGGUUAGCUUCUAGCCGCUAGCUCUAGUUAGCUGCUAGCCGCUGGCUCUAGUUAGCUGCUAGCCGCUGGCUCUGGUUAGCUGCUAGCCGCUGGCUCUAGUUAGCUGCUAGCCGCUGGCUCUGGUUAGCUGCUAGCUCUAGUUAGCUGCUAGCCGCUAGCUCUUCACUCGUCUCUUCUCUCUCUUUUAUUUCUACUCUCUUUUCUCUUGGAUACUUCACCGAUCCAGACACCAGCGGAAAUCGAGAUUAUUCCAGUAACGGGGAAAGAGUCGUAUCAGUCCGUAGCUGACAACAAGCAGCCGUUAGCGGCUAGCGCUAAUUGGCUAGGUCAGUUCCUGAACAGGAACACAUUCAGUUCCGAAGUCGCACAAUAAGAUUUGGGAUGAAUAGAGACACAACUAAUAAACGCAGGUCCCAAAUAAACGCUUGUUGAUUUGAGCGAUUUAGGCUAAUUUGGUAAUUUGUCUUAUUUGGUAUUUUACAUGCUGGAAUAACUCGGAUUAGGACCCGUUUUCUGGCACUAAAAGCCCAAGAGCUUGAGUUCAGGUCGACUGAGGUGUUUACGGCUGUUGAAACCUAAAUAUUGGUCGGAUUAAAGGCAACAAUCAGACUUUAGUGCAGGUAAACUUCCAGGGAGAAAACGAUGCAGAUCUGCGUCAGAUUCCUCCGCUUCAGUUACAUUUCCCUGUUUUCAGCUUUUACAUUUCCCUGUUUUGAGUUUUUACAUUUCCCUGUUUUCAGCUGUAGUGAUUGUAAAGUCCUUUCAUUCCUACGAAGAGCAUCGACCUCCAGAACCGAGCCCAUCAGAACUUCGUCCUGGUCUGGAUCUUCAGGGACGACCAGAGUUCUGGUCUCUGUUGAGCUGAUUUCUAGUGAAUUAAGACACUUUAGAAUAAAGUUUAACAUCUCAGAUAAAAUGAUCUGGCUGUGACCAAAGAGGGAAUCAGAACCGUGAUGGAGUUCUGGUUCUGGUUCUGGUUCAGGUCCAGCUCUCAGACAUGGAACGGGUUUUUUACCUUUUAUUUCUGAUAUAAUUGAAAAAAAGUUUGUAAUGUUUUUGUGAGAGUGACCCAACGUUUGCUGCUGAAACCUGUUUCUGCGCUUUCCAUUUUUUUGAAUAAAUGUUU